GCGCGAGCACACGACCCUCACCGCAAUCAUGUCCGUCAUGGCCACCGCGAGCUUCGCGGGGACCGCGAUGCCCCUCGGGCGCCGCAACGCGCGCGCGACGCGCCGCGCGAACGCGUUCCGCGUCCGCGCCGCGCACGACGAGGAAGAGCCCGAGGAGAAGGCCGACGCUGGCUUCAAAUUCGACCCGAGCUCGUACGGCGACAAGUUCGACCCGCGGACGUUCCGCCGCGACCUGAGCAAGUCGGAUCAGUACAACCGCCGCUUCGCGAAGGACAAGGAGUCCGCGGAGAGGAUGGCGAGGGAGGGGAUCGGCUACUCCGUCGGUGCGUCCCGCCUGGAUCGCGCGACGAUCUCGCGAUCGCUCUUAUCUCUUCUUUCCCUCCGUCCCGUCCCGUCGCGAUAUCGCUCGCUCGCUCGCGCGAUCGCGCCUCCUCGCCUCACGACCGCACCACACCGAACCGAACCCAACCCUAACUCGACAGACGGCCUCGUCGCGAAGAUGCGCGAGAGCGGCAACUCCUACGUCGACGCGGAGACGGGCGUCACGCUCAAGCUCGCGGACGCCUACGGCUUCUGCUGGGGCGUCGAGCGCGCCGUCCAGAUGGCGUACGAAGCGCGGAAGCAGUACCCGGACGCGAAGCUGUGGAUCACGAACGAGAUCAUCCACAACCCGACGGUGAACAAGCGCCUCGGCGACAUGGGCGUGAACUUCAUCGAGGAGACGAAGGACGGGAAGGACUUCAGCGGCGUGGGGAACGGCGAGGUGGUCAUCCUCCCCGCGUUCGGCGCCUCCGUGCACGAGAUGAAGCUCCUCGCGGAGAAGGGCGCGUCCAUCGUGGACACGACGUGCCCGUGGGUGUCCAAGGUGUGGAACGCCGUGGACGCGCACACGAGGAAGGAGUUCACGUCGAUCAUUCACGGGAAGUGGGCGCACGAGGAGACGGUGGCGACGGCGUCGUUCGCGGGGACGUACCUCGUGAUCAAGGACAUGAAGGAGGCGACGUACCUGUGCGAUUACAUCCUCAACGGCGGCGACAAGGAGGAGUUCAUGGCGAAGUUCGUCAACGCGCACAGCGAAGGGUUCGACCCGGACGUCGACCUGGACGGCCUCGGGAUCGCGAACCAGACGACGAUGCUCAAGGGCGAGACGCAGGCGAUCGGGAAGCUCCUGGAGCGGACGAUGAUGGAGAAACACGGCGUCGCGAACCUCGCCGAUCACUACAUGGUCAUGGACACGAUCUGCGACGCGACGCAGGAGCGACAGGACGCCAUGUACCAGCUCGUGGAGGAUAAGCCGGACAUGAUGCUCGUCGUCGGCGGGUACAACUCGUCGAACACGCAGCACUUGCAGGAGAUCAGCGAGGACGCGAGCGUGCCGAGCUUCUGGGUCGACACCCCCGAGCGGCUCGACGAAGACAACGUCAUCGCGCACAGGCUCGCGCACGGGGAGCUCGUGGAGACGAAAGACUGGCUCCCGGAAGGGGACGUGGUGAUCGGCGUGACGUCCGGCGCGAGCACGCCGGACAAGGUUGUCGAGGACGUCGUGGACAUGAUCUUCAAGACGAAGCGAAAUAUGAAAACCGCGACGCCCGCGCGCUGAGCAGAGCGCUCGCGGGGACGACGACGCCGGUAACCGGCGCUAGUUCCGUUCUUGUCUAUAUCUGAAUCGAUCUGUAAGACUC